GGUAAAGUUAAAAUUUUGCUCUUCUUGUAUAAAUUAAAAAAUUUUGGUGACUCUGUUCAAAAGAAAACUUCGUAAUGUUCAGGUAAAGUUUGGCAGAUUAAUUAGUGAUCAUAUUCUUGUGAUCAGAUUAGUACAAAUUUCAUUAACAACAAAACUUUGUUAAACCAAACCGAAUGUUUUAAAAAUUCUUUUUGGCAUAAAUUUUUUAUUAACAUCUAAAUUCUUGCAGGGGUGUAAAAAUUUUACUUCCCUUUUGUUAAAAAUUUAUAGUUUCGAUUUUGUACGUUUUCUUAUGAAAGUGAAUGGAAUUAUGAAGAUUCAUAAAUUAUACGAAGAUGAUGUUGAGCUUAUGAAAUUGCACUUUGCUUAGACUAUCUUCUCAAUCGAUCAUAGCUUUAUGCCUGCAAGCUAGUAGCUCAACUAAAACAACAGCAUGCUUGCCAUGGGGACCAGAUGCCUUUAAAAAUAUCUAUUCCUAA